AUGGAACAUGCUGAGUGUUCGAUGAAACUUUCAAUAACCGAUCAGGCAAAGGACCAAGCGAUAUCGAGUGAGCUAAACGAAUUGGUUCAAACACUUUUCGACCGCUUUAUGAAAGAUUCAAAGAAAAAAAUUACACUUCACUUUGGUGGGUUGUGGGAGAGCGCAGUGAAAUCUACAAAGCAUCACCUAUCACGGAUUUUAAAGGAUGGCAGUCUGACUCUAGAGGAGUUCAACACGUUACUUUGCCAAAUAGAAGCUUGUGUUAAUUCAAGGCCUAUGACUCCAUUAGGCAGUGACCCCUCAGAACCGGGUGCUCUUACUCCGGCCCACUUCUUAAUUGGUGGUUCAUUAUUAUUAGCUCCUGAACCCAGCUUGGCAGACGAGUCAAUAGAACAUCUGCGUCGAUGGAAGUACGUGCAAGCAUUAAUGCAAGGGUUCGGGAUGAGAUGGUAUAAGGAAUACCUGCCACAGCUCCAAGUGCGAGGCAAAUGGACCAGCAGUAAGCCUCCAGUGAACAUUGACGAUAUAGUCAUCAUCAAGGACGAAUAUACACCACCAGCUAAAUGGCGAUUAGGAAGAGUAAUGCAAGUGCACCCUGGGAAGCAGUGGCGUGCAGAUCCCUUUUUUCAUGUGGGGCAAAGUUAA